AUCUGAAUUAGAACUUUUAGCGAAAAUUAUAACAUUUUUUCCCUGGGAGGGUUUUCCUGAUGACUGUGCCUAUUUGUACAGAUUGUAAUACUUUGUGACAGGCUUGUAAAGAGGGGACUUUGUUGUGGGCUUGUGCCAUUUGUACAAGAUUGUACAAUGACCCCCUAGUUUGCUGAUGUAUAGGGGUUUGUUUUGUGCAUGCUUCACAAUCAGUAUGCUAGCAAAAGCAGCCCAUGAUGGGCGUGUAUUAUUAUUUGCGAGGAGGCCUUUCUAGUGCUGCCAUGGUCCAGUCCUGAACCAUGGUUCGAACCGGACUUUUGGUCCGGUUCUCCUGUGGUUCGGUCCACGGUCCAGGUGUCAGCCAGAACUGGACCACAGUACGGUUCUCGGUUCUGCCAUUGGGUGAACGGUUCGACUUUGGGAUUCUCAAGCUUCAAGAUUUACUUGUUUCCAUCAAAUGCAGAGGCCCAUUGACAAGCCCAUCGUCCCACUCCCGCAAAACCACCGCCUCCACCCCUAAAAUCAAUGUGCCGACAAAGACCAAGGCAACCAAAACCACUGAGUUUGAGGUGUCAGGCCACGCCCCAUCUUUCAUGCCCUCCUACUUCCCGAUGUCACUUGGUAUUGAGACCAUCAACUGCGGCACCACAACAAGUGCCCGCCACGUCACCUGCGUCUUUGCUACGAAGAGCGGACUCCUCAUUUCAAUGAUGUCUCACUAUGCUUUAGGUAAUACAGCCUCUCCAGGACUCCUCGGACUUGGCAACCCCAUUGAGGCAGGCACCACUCCCGCACCAUCAACAUAUCAUCCAACCCUCAUGAGUCCCCCAUUCUACUAG